CUAAAAGGGUGUGCGAUUAGUUGGGAUUCGGCAGUCCCCAAGAUGGGUCGCUCCUCUGCUGCGCUGGCGUGUCACACCAGCAGCGGGGCAAUACAUUUAGCUUUGCUAUUGUUUCUUUUCAGUGUCAAUAUCGUUGGAAUCGAAGCACAACACGAUGAAACCGGGACAAGUUCUGAAGAAAGUCGAGUUGAUGUUGUGGAUCACGAAUUCGAUACGGAUGACGUGCGCAGACUACGGCCUUUCAACUUGAUCGCUCCGCGACCGGCUCCGAACGUUGUAGGAAUUUCAGCCACGCCCACAACUCCGACAUUGGCUGGGGGAAUCUUGAAUGACGUUGAACACGAACCAGGAUUAGUAUGGCCGACGGUGACAAUGCCAACGGCUACACCGCCAUCGGUAACCGGCGGAGGAACUGCGGACGAAGCUGGGCCAUCCUUCGUCACUGGCCGUAUAAUGGCUCAUCUUCAGCGCAUUACUGAACGGAUGUCGUCGGUUGAAUCUUUGCAAAUACAGACAUUACGCAAACUAGAGGGAAUUGACUAUCGUUUAACGCGUGUCGAAGUACAAAUGCAAGAACGGGGAGACACGGUGCGCAACCUGGCGGCCGACACUUCCCGACGACUACAGCAGUUAGAAAGCGAUGUUGGGCGAAUCGAAACCCUAUUGGACGUCGUGCGCGAUGAAUCGAUUGCUGUUCGCGCCGGCCAAACUGAGCUCAAACAUAUUCUAACGAAAUCAGGCGGGGCCCAUAUGUCAGCUAGAAUGACAGAAAGCGAAGUUCCAGCCCCGCGUCUUCAAGUACUUUUGGGUGGAAUGAACAGCCUUCGAGCGACGGCCAAUGGUUUACGGGAGGAGCUGGCCCUCAUUAACAAGAACGUCAGCGUUCUGGCCAACUUGACGAAGACUUUUGAGCGACGCAGCGAGGAUUUCGCCACAAAACAGGAUAUACAGCGUGGAAUUACAACUCUCAAGAGCCAGGACUCUGCACCGGCCAGAUCUCUCUCUCACUUUAUACAACCUAAUGGCGUUUGCCUUUCUCCCGAGCAAUCAACUUUCCCGCGUGAUUGCCAGGAUGCGCUCAGCAAAGGUGGGCGCCAUUUACAGUCAGGCAUCCAGCGAAUUCAACCAUUUUCCUCGUCGGCUCCUUUUUUCGUUCAAUGCGACAUGGAAACUCGUGGAGGUGGAUGGACAGUCAUCCAGAAUCGAUUUGACGGCUCAAUAAAUUUUCUACGAGGAUGGUCCGACUAUAAACAUGGAUUCGGUAACAUGGCUACCGAAUUCUGGUUGGGUCUCGAGAAAAUCCAUAUGAUUACCAAUCAAGGAGUCUACGAGCUGUUGAUUGAGCUGACGGAUUUCGGAUUGAAUCACGCCACGGCCCACUACACCGCCUUUGCUAUUGGGUCUGACACCGAAGGUUACGACAUUCGAAUUUUGGGAACUUACGAGGGCGAUGCGGGUGAUUCGCUUUCCUAUCACACGUCGAUGAAGUUCUCUACGGCAGACAACGAUCAGGAUCAAUGGUUGGACGGCAACUGCGCCCGUGAUCACACCGGUGGUUGGUGGUACCGAGGGUGCGAUACAAGCAAUCUAAAUGGGCAGUAUCUGAACGGCCCAGUUCCCCAAGAGUUUGAAUAUAAAGGGAUGUACUGGUACGACUAUCAAGGACCUCAAUACUCUUUGAUGAGGUCCAAGAUGAUGAUUCGACCCUACUUCAACGCCGUGGGACUCGGUGCAGUGACUGGAACUACUGUGAAACCUCGAUCUCCGCAAGUGCCAGCCCCACCUAGUAACCAAGGUAGACUCACUUUUGGCCCAAAAUUACCAAAUCAGCAAGGCCAGAAGUCAAAGAAGAAAAAAGAAAUGGAGCAAUGAUCCGCCAUAAAAACAGAAGCUUUACAACUGCCAACCGGCUGGCCCAGGUGGACAACGCGAGACGACUACCCCCUCUAGUCUUCUUACUUACAAACCUAACUGGGAAACCCAAAUUUAACAUUAAAAUACACAGCACCCGCCAGUA